UCAGAAAAAAAGAAAAGAAAUACCCAAAUUAGAUUUCUAGGGUUUCUCACGAAUCCUUUCAGAAAAAAUCUCUCGCAUUUAAAAACUAAGGUUUUACUCUCACAGUCUGUAGAUCAGAUCUUGAGAUUGUGAAAGUUUUGAUUGAUCUUCUUCGGAGAUGACUAAGAGGAAGUCUAGAAGAUUUACUCGUCAGUGUAAUCAACCAGCUAUGGACGGCAACGACGAACCUCCAUCUUCUCCUCCUCCACCUCCUAAAACCACUCAAGAAUCAGUAGCAGUAGAACAAUCGAGUGAAAACCCUGCUUUAGAGGUGAAAGAAUCCCAAAAGUCUGAGAACGUUCAAGAAUCUGAAACCCUAGAUGAGGAGCGAAAACAAGAACGUGAUGAAAAAGCAGAAGGUGCUGCUGCUGCUACUACUACUACUAGUGUUGCAUUUGACCUUAAAAGUCCUCUACCUGUUUUAUACAAAAGAGGUCCUGGUCAUAGAAAGAAAUCGUUAAACCGUAAUCAACAAGCCAUGUUAAUCAAGAAAUUUGAAGAGCUUAGGGAUAAUUUGCAUAUAAUUCCGUUUGUUCCUGCUAAGAGACUUGAUUUUGAUAAGCAUGAGGAGCUUUUAAGGAAGCUUCAGUUGUGGGAUUUUGUUCAUGUUCAGUUUGAUAGAGAGGUGAAUUCGGAAUUAUUGGCUUCGCUUAUUGUGAAUUAUGAUCGUAUUGCGAGGAGUAGUACUGUGAACACUUAUAAGAUUAUGGUAAAUCGAGCUGAUUUAGCAAGGGCUGUGAAGCUUCCUGUGAAGAAGGUUACUCAAUCGGAGGAGAUUGAUAUUGGGGUGUUGUCUGCAGAGUCGAUAUUGUUUUUGCAGGAGUUUGUGUCUAAUUGGAUUUUGCUUCAUGAGGAUAUGUGGGUAUUUACGGAUGAGGUUUUGGUUUGGACUAGACUUAUUAAAGAAGGGAAACCACAGAAGGUGGAUUGGGCAUCAGUGAUUUGGUUUAUGGUAGAGAAGGAACUUGCAAAAGGAGCAAAGUUACAGAUGUGUUAUUAUGCUUCACAUUUGCAAUGUUUGAUAAAGUCUCAGCGUAGUGAUCUGUUUAAAGAAGAAAAAAGGGUUGAGACGAAGGUGGAAAAAGAAGUGAAUGUGGAUGUAAAAGUGAAAAGUGUGCAAGAAGUUCAGGUGAAUGAUCUGGAGAUUGAAAAAGAUACCGAACUAACUCUUGGGAAGGAAAGAAAUGAGAGUAAGCAGCAGCAAGAAGAAGAUCUCAUGGAUGUGGAAGAAGAAGGUAAAGCACCCGCUCAUCCCUCGGAAUGGCCUUUAGAUGAGAAGAAAAAGAUGAACGGCCUUUCUUUGAGACCCUGCAGUUCUAACAAACUUGAAACGUUCGAGGAGCCUCUCGAAGUGAAUGAAAUUGAUGAUGAUGAUAAGCAGCAGCAAGUAAGGGAUGAAAAAGAUGUCAUGGGUGUGGAAGAAGAAGGUAAAGCACCUGCUCAUCCCUCAGAAUGGCCUUUAGAUGAGAAGAAAAAGAUGAACGGCCUUUCUUUGAGACCCUGCAGUUCUAAUAAACUUGAAAAAUUCGAGGAGCCUCUCGAAGUGAAUGAAAUUGAUGAUGAUAAUAAGCAGCAGCAAGUGAGAGAUGAAGAAGAUGUCAUGGGUGUGGAAGAAGAAGGUAAAGCACCUGCUCAUCCCUCAGAAUGGCCUUUAGAUGAGAAGAAAAAGAUGAAUGGCCUUUCUUUGAGACCCUGCAGUUCUAAUAAACUUGAAAAGUUCGAGGAGCCUCUCGAACUGAAUGAAAUUGAUGAUGAUGAUAAGCAGCAGCAAGUGAGGGAUGAAGAAGAUGUCAUGGGUGUGGAAGAAGAAGGUAAAGCACCUGCUCAUCCCUCAGAAUGGCCUUUAGAUGAGAAGAAAAAGAUGAAUGGCCUUUCUUUGAGACCCUGCAGUUCUAAUAAACUUGAAAAGUUCGAGGAGCCUCUCGAACUGAAUGAAAUUGAUGAUGAUGAAGUAGAUGAGGAAGAGGAAGAGACAGAGGAAGAAAUGUAUACAGGAAAAGAAAAUCGUGAGUUGGAGAGGAUACCUUCGGACUAUCUCCAACCAAUGGAACCGACAGGUAUGCCUUCUAACCCAUUAAGGCAACCUCCUGAGAACAACCCUAUUGAAGUGAAUGAAAUAGAUUCUGAUGAUGAUGAUGAUGAUGAUGAAGUAUAUGAAGAAGAGGAAGAGACAGAGGAAGAAAUGCACAUGGGAAAAAGAAAUCGUGAGUUGGAGAGGCUACCUUCGGACUAUCUCCAACCAAUGGAACCGACAGGUAUGCCUUCUAACCCAUUAAUGCAACUUCCUGAGAACAACUCCAUUGGAGAUUUUUCUCAUUCUGGGCCCAACAACGACAUGAGUCAGAUGAAUAUAAGAGGUUCAUCCAUGUAUCCUCGCAAAAGAGCGCUUAGCUUUGAAGAUGAGAUGCAGAAUCACCUCUCUACUGAUCAAAAUAAGAGGAUGAGGAACGAUGGCCAAUGGGACCAUAGAGGAUCAGGUAUUGACAAUUUCUUGGAGCAAAUGAACAGCUUACAAUGUAAUAUCAGAGCAAUGUAUGCCGAGAAAGAAGCACAAGCCAUGGAAGCCGAAAGGAAUCAGCAAGCCUUGAUGGGUGAAGUGCAGUGUCGGGAUAGGUUGAUUGAGAACCUGAAGGAGGAAGUGCGUAAAAGAGAUAUGGCGAUUUAUAAGUUGGACCAUGACAUGCGUCUUAUGGGUGAUCUAUUAGAAGGUUAUAGAAAAGCUAUGAAAGAUACGCGAAAAGCCUUCUCUGAAUAUAGGCAACGACACCCAGAGCCUGAAGAACCACUUUACAGGGAUGUUCCUGGGUCUGGUGGGCUUGUUGUUAGUGUAAUGGCGUUUGAGAGGAUGCAAUGGGAGCGUGAAGAAGAAGAUAAGCUGAAGCGUCAGACUAUUACAAAUCAGGUCGAGGAAUUUGAACGUGAUUGGUCCGAAAAGUUUGAAGUAAGUCUCACGAAGGUGCACUUAAUAGAUGAAAGGUUGUUCAAGUUUAGCGAGGAAGUCAAACUACUUAAAGAAUUAGCUGUGGAGCGCAAGAUGUCAAAAUCAGAAUCCGAAGCAAUCAUUUUCAGGAAGGAAGAAGAGGAGAACCUCACUGUGACAACCAUGAAGUUGAAAGUCUGUGUAAAAGCUGCUAUUGGUGAUUCUGAUGUUCUUGGAGAUUGUCCUUCAUGUCAAGGAGUUCUUUUAACCCUAGAAGAGAAGAAAAUUCCUUACCAGAUGUGUUUGAUCAACACUGCUAACAAACCUCAAUGGUUUCUGGAAGCUAAUCCUGAAGGAAAGCUACCUGCAGUCUACUUUGAUGGCAAAUGGGUAAUAGAUCUGGAGGUUAUCACUCAAGCUCUUGAGGAAAAAUACCCUGACUCAUCUCUUGUUACACCUUCUGAAUUUGCCUCAGUUGGAUUGAAGAUAUACAGGUAUUUUGAUACGUUCUUGAAAAGCAAGGAUGCUACGGAUGGUUCAGAGCAGGCUUUGAUCUCUGAAUUGUCUUCAUUGGAAGAGCACCUGAAAGCUCAUGGUCCUUACAUCAGCGGGGAGAAAAUUUCUGCUGUUGAUUUGGGUUUGGCGCCCGCGCUUUACCACCUUGAGGUUGCUCUUGGACAUUUCAAGAGCUGGAGCGUCCCAGAAAAUCUCACUCACGUAAUGAACUACAUGAAGUUACUUUUCUCUCGGGAGUCAUUUGUUAAGACCCAGCCAGCUGACAAGAAUUACAUCAUCGCAAGAUUGGAACCGUUGGAACUCGUAAGGCCAGGGGAGGCUACUUCAAUGGAACAACUUGCAGGGCCAGGGGAGGCUACUUAGAUGGAACAACUUGCAGGGCCGGGGGAGGCUACUUCAUUGGAACAACUUGCAGGGCCAGGGGAGGCUACUUCAAUGGAACAACUUGCAAGGCCGGGGGAGGCUACUUCAUUGGAACAACUUGCAGGGCCGGGGGAGGCUACUUUAAUGGAACAAUAGGUGAUAAGCUGACUUGACAAGAACUGUGCUAUUGUGGAAAAUCAUUUUGGAAAAUCAAUACUGAGCAUUGACUAUUGUGGAAAAUCAUUUUGGAAACAUAGUACGUUUAUUUUCGGAGUACGGGAAUGUAAAUAUGCUACCGUAGUCACAAGUGCCUUGCGAACUAGAAGGCGUAAAGUUAGCUAUGUAAAACCAUGAAAACUAGAUAACCUCACUAAUAAUAUUACUGGUCUUGUGAAUGAGUA